AUGAGUCAACUCAGUGUGAUAUUGCAGGAAACGGUGCGUCGAGAGAGGGAAGUAAGAACUGUUCUUGAAAUUCUGAGGGAACAAAUGGACGAUACGGAUGGAACGAGAGGCGGGAGGAGGACCUUCAAGCAAAGGCUCAGAUUGAAUGGGUUUGGCUGCUGUGGGGCCGCCUGGGUUUUUGGACGAACGGCGGCGAUAAGCGUAAGAGAUGGCGAUGAGGACGACCAAGAACCACAAAACCAUCAUCAGCAACAUCAUCUACCACUACCACCACAACAACGAGUUGUAAGUGUGGUGGGCCAGGCUCAACCGGUCAACAAUUGGGAUCCGGAUUGCGUGGGUCCGAUUUCGACCGGGUCGGGCAUGAACUUGGCUGCCGCCUUAGCAGCCGAGCGUCAGUUUCGGGCACCGCAAGAAUCGGACGGAGGAGGGUCGGUGUUGGGGCCCGCUGGUGUCGGAAGUGCAGUAGCAACGGCACCUGGCACGCCAACGAGAGUGUCGUUGAUGAGAUUGCUGGAGGAAACGGAAGUGGACGGCUGUGAUGCGUUUGGUGGUGCGACGGCAGAGAGCGACAAAGCAGAGGGAGGGCUGGGCAAUGAUACGAGUGUGUUCGAGGGAGGUGUGGUUGAAUCGAGGGUCUUGUCCCCUCUGCAACCGUUCAAUCCUCGAGAUCCUCGAUAUAUUCUGAGAUGGUUUGAUGAUCAACAAUACAAAAGGAGGAACUACAUUGAUGCGAUCGGGAGAUGCCUCGAGAUUCGUGUGAUUGUUCAAGUCUUGAUGGCGGAGUUUUCAAUCGCAGAAAAAUUCAAUUGA